CUGGUGGCCGAGGUUGCUUGGCUGGCUUGAGUUUCAAUUGCGCAGAAGAGAUGACGCAAUCUUCUGAGGUAACUACGUCUUACAAGCAUUCAAAAACUAUAGCAAACACUACUGCUGGCAGGACAAACCGAUUUUUCCGUUCACGGUCAGCCGCUGCUCAUACAUCAAACAACUUUGUCAACACCUAGGAAAAAAGAAACACAAGGCCCCUAACCGUGGGACGAGAAUCUUGAUUUUGGCUUUCUACUAAAGGUGUCGAAUUAUACACAAUAAACCCGAAGAGCAGUUCAAAAAAUGCCGCACUACCCAGACGAAAUCGAGUAUAGCGAGAAGUACCAGGACGAUACCUACGAGUACCGGCACGUGAUUUUGCCGAAGACCAUCGCGAAGAAAAUGUACGCGUCCUACGGCCGUUCCCUGCUGUCCGAAGACCAGUGGCGCGGGCUUAUGAAAUGUAAAAAUGUCUGGGUCUGGAAGAGUGCGAGGUUUGUCAUGCACGUUUUGCAUGAGCCAUGAUGUCUGUGAUGCAUACCCUAGCAAUACAGAUCUUUUGGAGGAUUCGUGAUGCCUAUUCCGCAUGACAAAUGCCUUCUCAGCGUAGCAAAAAUUGCAUUCCCUUUGGUACUCAUGCAAUACAGAUUUUUUUGGAAUCCAAAUGCAGCAUCACAAGUUGCAUUCUUCCAGACCCAGACAUUUUUACAUUUGAUAGGGCUUGGCGUGCAGCAGAGCCGGGGGUGGAUGCACUACGAGUGUCACCGCCCGGAACCCCACAUCUUGCUCUUCCGCCGACCGUAUAUGGAAUUGAGAAUUUACUACAACCUCGGUCGCAUACGCAUGCUUGUCAUGCUCGUUUCUGCAUGAUGAAGCGCCGUUCUUUGUCAUGCAAAAACACGCAUUGGAUAGCGACUGCAAACAAGUGGUGGUUUUGUAAAUUCUCAUACCUGUGGGCACGAACCCGCUGACGGGCAUGGUCGAUCCCCCGGAGAUGCAGCAACAGAUGGGUGUUGUGGCGUGAAGAAUACACGACGAGAGGUGAACGUGUUAAGGAUAAGACGUGGGUGGUGCCGGUGAAGACACUGUGGCUGUGCUCGAAUUCGAAUAUUAAAACAGUAGAAUUUUUCACAGACAUUUUGGAAAGCAUCAAGAAACUACAAGUCAAGAAAGUCGGGUGUUAGUUGCUCAGUAGCAGCUAAUACCGUGGUGACAGGAGCGUUUUGUUGAUCACUUUGUCCUUGCAUUCUGCAGCAACGACCAGGCAAGUAACAUUGAUUUAGCAAGGACACUGAUACCGGUGCCGCUUUUUCCUGCUCACGACACAUCGGCAGCAAUAAU